AAUGUUUUUAAUUUCGUAUUUUAUUGCCAUGACAACUUGAAGGCAAACAAAAAAAAACAGCUGACAAAGUGGAAACAAUGAAAGUAUUGAAGUUACUCGUCCUGGGUCCAAUUGGAUCUGGUAAAAGUACAAUAUCAAAUUUUCUUGCGGAUGCGUCGGAAAUUUUUGACUACCAUCCAACGCAAGGUGUAAGAAUUUUGGAAUUUGAAAUUAAAGACAUUAAUUUUAACAGUAAAUCUGUAAAAUCUGAUGUCGAAUUAUGGGACUGCAGUGGCGAUCUUAAAUUCAAAAAUUGUUGGCCAGCAUUUCGAAGAAGUGCCCAAGGCAUAUUAUUCGUUCACGGACCGAAAUCAAAAGAAAAGUUAGAAGAUUUAGAAGAAUUUUACGAAUAUUUCGUUAAUAAAUCAAAAUUAGGACCGAAAAAUUGUCUCCUUUUGUAUUAUGAUCCAGAGGGAAAAUCCGAGAUGCCGAAAAAUUUAUCGCCAAAUUUCGCCAAAAUGUCAGCAAUCAAUUGCAAUUUAGAAGAAGAGGAGAAUAAAUUAAAAAAAGACUUUCAAGCAUUUUUGAGUGCACUCCUGACGAAAUUAAAAGAGACAACAGAUCAGGAAGAAAUAAAUAUGGUGAACAGUAUUCUUACACAAUAGAAAAUAGCUAUAAA